GGUGUCUCUCUUUGGGAAGUCGAGUUUUAAAAAGCUCGGGCAGACCAUGCUAUGACGACUUCACUGAUCUUGCAUCCACGCUGGGCGGAUACCUUCAUGUACGUGUAUGAGGAGAACCCGAAUGAAAAUAACCAGAAUAAAAUCCCAGCCAUGGAUGGGCUAAGUGGGAACUGCCCAGCGAGCCACUGCAGGGAUUUAAUCACUCACCCGGUCUUGGGUCGUCAUUCCAGCACCAUUGGGACUCACCAGGGCUCUGUCUACCCGGAUAUACCUGCGCCAGAUGCCGCCCGGCAGUGCCCGGCUCCGCCAGCCUCGUCCAACGCUACCCUGGGCUAUGGCUAUCCCUUUGGAGGCAGCUACUACGGAUGCCGCUUGUCCCAUUCCCACAACGUGAACUUACAACAGAAGCCUUGCUCCUACCACCCCGCCGAAAAAUACCCCGAGCCCAGCGGCUCCCUCCCCAGCGAAGAACUAUCCUCAAGGGCCAAAGAGUUCGCUUUUUACCCGAGCUUUGCCAGCUCCUACCAGGCAGUCCCUGGUUAUUUGGACGUAUCAGUGGUCCCAGGUAUCAGUGGGCACCCCGAGCCAAGGCACGACGCGCUGCUUCCCAUGGAAGGAUACCAGCACUGGGCUCUGUCCAAUGGUUGGGACGGGCAGGUCUAUUGCUCGAAAGAGCAGUCACAGUCGAGCCAUCUCUGGAAAUCGCCUUUCCCAGAUGUGGUCCCUCUCCAGCCCGAAGUGAGCAGCUACCGUAGGGGCCGAAAGAAACGAGUCCCCUACACUCAGCUGAAAGAAUUAGAAAAGGAGUACGCCGCCAGCAAGUUCAUUACCAAAGAGAAGCGGAGAAGGAUUUCGGCGACCACUAACCUUUCCGAACGCCAGGUUACCAUUUGGUUUCAGAACCGCCGGGUGAAAGAGAAGAAGGUGGUUAGCAAAUCUAAGACACCUCACCUCCACGCGACCUGACAAAAGAGAUCUUUCGGGGGGCAAGCGAAACACACACACACACACACACUCACGCAAAGGGGAGAGGUGGGGAAAGCAAAUGCAAAUAUUUAUCGGAGAAAUUUGUAUAAAUGAGAAAGCGCAUUCGAACUCUUUGCUAAUUAAUUUGAUUAUUUAAAAAAAAAACCGAGAAGGGAGCCAGAAGAAGAAUUAAUCGCCAUCUUUGGCUUAUUCUUUCUUUCCAUGUACUGCCGUCUUUAACUGUGAAUCCGGUCGUCCUUCUGAAACAUCCCCCCCCCUUUUUUAUAUAUUUUCCAGUGCCCACUGAAUGGGGGGGAGCGCGAGAGAAAGUCGUAUGUAGAUUUUGUGACCUUUGGGAUUCGGAGUGGUCUUUGAUAGCGCUGUCUUCCCACACACACACACCGUCUCCCCUUACCACCGAUCAAAGAUUCCCUCU